AUGGAGGGCUUGCAUGUGGCCAUUACUAGGGCCCAGUUGGCCAAUGUUUAUAGGGGAAUCAACAUUGGAGGAAAUACUAUUUCCCAUCUUCUCUAUGCAGACGAUGUUGUUCUCUUAGCUUAUUGGAAUCAGGAAAAUGCCUUACAUAUUGUUCGUGUUCUUAGAUGUUUCUUCCUAGCAUCAGGUCUAAAAAUCAGUCUGCUAAAAAGCAAGUUAUAUGGUGUGGGGGUCACGGAUGCUCAGGUUACUUAUAUGGCUAAUUGUAUGGGGUGUUCAUCGGGUUGUUUCCCGUUUUCGCGUCUCGGGGUUCCGGUUGGGCAAAAUAUGAGCAGAAUUGUAUCCUGGGGUCCGGUGGUUGAUACUUUCCGGAAAAGAUUAGCGGGGUGGAAAGCCAAGUGUAUGUCUGUUGGCGGGAGAUUCACUCUUACUAAAGCAGUUUUGGGGUUGUUGCGAGUUAUUUGA